GAUCUCAAUCCAUCUGAUCCAGUUCGUUUGAUACUAUCGCCUCUAGUGCCUCGCUUAAGCAGCCCCUCAGCGAUCCCUGCCCAAUCAGGCUAUCCCCACCAGCAGCUCAGCUGGCGCUGACUUGGCAUUUACAGCAUUCUCACCACUUCACACAACCCAGAUUCAACAUCCAGCAUGCUCUGCCAGAAAUGCACGGCGUUGGUGCAAACCCUCGUCAAGGACGACAGGGAGACGACAAUCAAGUUCGUGAACCACUAUGCCGACACGCCGGCGGAGAAUCUGCAACGCCCGGGCGGCUGCGACAUGUGCAUAUUCCUGCUGCCUUCUACUAUCAAAACGCCAAAGGAGAUGGUGAAAUAUGCAAAGAAGGAUCAUGAGCUUAUUAUCACCAGAACGAUUGAGCGAUUGCCGCAUCUGUGUUAUUCUAUCAAGGUCGUUUUUGUGCUGAGUGACCCGGUGACGUGGAGUUCGUCGUCGUUUAUGAUUAUGCCUAGUUCGACGAUUCCCAUCGACUUUAGUAUUCGGGAUCGGCCGUCGGAUUUUGAUCUCGAGAGUGCCAUUCCUGCGGCCAGGCAUUGGAUUCAUGGCUGUUUACGGGGGCAUGAAAAGUGUCCGAAGAAUACACGUCCGCAGUCGUAUCCGACGCGAUUACUAGAGCUGCAUGACUCGUCAAUGCGUCUUGUUCUGCCAGCUGAGAUGAACCUGUCAGAUCCUUAUGCAGCGCUGAGCUACUGCUGGGGCGAGAAUCCAUCAUUCCUGUGUCUUUCAGCGUCGAAUUUCCACGAAUUCCAAAAAGGAAAACCAUAUUCCAUCCUGCCUGUCGCCUUCCAAGAAGCCAUCCGGUUGAUCAAAAAACUCGGCAUCCACUACAUCUGGAUUGACGCGCUGUGCAUCAUCCAAGCCGGCCCAGGCAGUAAGGAAGACUGGCAAUCGGAAUGCGUCAACAUGCAACAAGUCUACUCCAACUGCGAGGUCAACCUCUCUCUCUCCACCGCAUCAUGUCCAGAUGAAAGCUGUCUCGACGGCCGCCGGCCCAGCAAAACACCCCCAUUCGAAAUCCAAAUCCCCUCCCGGAAUGAUUCCAACAGACAUGAAACUUGGACGAUAGUAUCGCCCAAAUACUACGAAGAAGCACUGUACGACCAGCCACUCGGCACAAGAGCAUGGGCGCUCCAAGAACGUCUCCUCUCACCGCGCGUCGUCAGUUUGGGCCGUGGUGAGCUCUUCUGGGAUUGCAUCCAGAUGCCCAACGCCAGUGAAACGCUCCCCUGCGGCGGUAUCGUGAAUACCACCGACGAGAGACAAUUCCUGGAAAAGUCCAUCCCGGAUACCUCGGACAGAGAGAAGCUCGAGUCUGUGUGGUGGAAUAUCGUGAAGGAGUAUACAGAGCGCAAAUUGACCUUCCCGCACAAGGACAAGUUCAUGGCGUUUUCGGCGGUUGCGGCGCAGAUGGCCCACGCGAUGGACGACGUGUAUAUCGCCGGUCAUUUUUGGAAAACUAUUCCUUAUUCCUUGAACUGGCAGGCAGGACAUGAAGACGAAGUAGAGACGACACCGCAGCGGAUCGUCGUGCCGGCUGGUGACGAUGGCUGCGAGAAAGACAGCCAUACCCCUAGUUGGAGCUGGGCAUCGAUGAACGGGGCUCUCAUCGUGAAUCCCUUUUCUGCCCCUGAGAGUGAAAUAGUGGCAGAGGCUGAAUCUUAUGAACUAUCCCUCCUUGAAGAGAACCAUCCAUACGGACCAGUGUCGUAUGCAAAUCUGAAAAUCACAGCGUUUUGCGCAGAGAUUGAAUGGCGGAAAACACAGCUUAAAGGUCGUUCUGUUCUUCGUGGAGACGAUCCGAAUGAGAUGCCAGAUGAAGGCGCUGGAGUGCUGCUGGCUGCAUUAAUUCACUUUCCGACAAAAGAGGAAUAUUGGGAUGGGAUUAUACUGCGAGAAAGGGAAAGGAAUGGCCAUAAGCAGUACACACGAAUAGGCCAUUUUACAUUCCAGCCCGACGAAGAGCAUAGCUUUGCCAGCUUUUUUGAAUCGGAAAAGAGAACACUUACUCUGGUAUAGUAAAGCAAUUAAUAUAAACAAUAUGUACAUGAAGAUAAAACUCCAUAGUGAUGCCAAGUUACUUGUUAUU